AUGGGAUCAUCUCUUGCAGCUGACGACACUGAUUUCAGGAUCCCCCUCGCCCCCUAUUAUCUCGAUAAUGGAUACUGGCAAGAGAUCUUAACAAGAAGGCUAACAUUGGCCCUCUUGGUGAUUUACAGCAUUGUCCUUGCGUUGGGAAUCGUAGGUCACGGGUUGGUCCUUUUCAUCCUUGUCUUCUACAUGAAGAAGAACACCAACACGAUCUGGUUUCUCAACUUGACAGCUGCCAACUUCGUCUUCACCUGCUCCCUUCCGCUGAGGAUCACACACAAUGCCUUGAAGCUUCACUGGCCAUUUGGCCAAGCCUUGUGUAAACUCAACGACUCCAUAGCAUACAUCAACCUCUACGCCAGCGCUUACUUCCUCAUGGUCAUCAGCAUAGACCGUUGUGUUUCCACAAGGAGCUCUGCGCAGGCUCAAAAUCUCCGGAGGAAUAGGAUCGCUUGCUUUGUGGCCUUGGGCAUUUGGCUCCUGGCGCUGCUGCUGUCUUGGCCACGAAUCCAUUUCAGACUCACUGAACCAUCCCCCAUUGAUGAAGAAGUGACCAUCUGUUUCUUAUAUUAUGGAAGAAGCUUCAAGCAAGCAAAGAUCAACCGUCACAUUAUAGUGAUAAGUCAAUACAUUUUUGCCUGUCUCAUUCCCAUCAGCGUGACGAUCGCUUGCCACCUGAAAAUUGCUCAAAAGCAGAGACUUGAGGCACAACAGAACAAGUCCUUCAAGGUUCUCAUAGCAGUGACGGCAAUCUUUUAUUUCUGUUGGCUACCCUAUCACAUUUUCUCUUUCUUUAACACUCACUACUUAGAGAUGUCAAAAAUAGUGAUUGUUGGUGUUUCCUUGACAACUGGCUUGGCCUUUGCCAGCAGCUGCAUCAAUCCCAUUCUGUACAUAGCCAUGGGGUACGAUUUCAAGGAGAGGCCAAGACCUCCAUUCCUCUCUGCCUUCGAAAAUGCCUUUGGGGAGGAGAGUUGCUGCAGGGUGCCAGAAACCCAGGCCAAUCCUGAAACUGAGAUGAAUGCCCAGGACGUAUAA